AGAGGGAACUCGAGCGAUCGACGCGAAAACGCGCAAGCGGACUUUAAUUUCUGUUUCUGCUAUUUUUUUCGGGCAUUUCGGGUCUUUCGUCUUUUUUUUCGAUUUUUGCGCGCGCAGCGAUUUAAGUUUUUAUUUUUUUGGGCCCGUCAACAACGUACGACAAAUCGAGAGUUAAAUUUUUCAGAUUCCAUUCGCGAUACCCAAACGUCCAUACAAAUUUCAGUUGCAGUUUCAGUUUCAGUUUCUGUUUCCGUUUCCGUUUCAAUUUUAAUUCCGAUUCCGAUUUCAAUUCCGAUAACGAUUCGCGUUACGUUUUCGAGUCCUGGCAUCCCCCAGCAACAACAACAACAACAACAAGUGUUUACAAUGCUCAACAGAUUUCGGUUUAACGUGACUGUUGAUUAAUAAAUAACGAGGUCUCCAAAAUAUAGUCCUACUACAACAACAACCACAACCACAAUCACAAGAACUCAGCACCUCAGCAUCCGCGAGCAGUUAUCUGGAAGAAUAGAAGAUACAAUGUUACUACUCGUACAUGCCUCACUCUCAGUCUCAGUUGCGGCUGCCUGAGCGCGUGCGUUGCGGUGAAGGCAGCUCCAACAACAGCGCCUUUGGUAACGGCAACGGCAACAGCAACGAACAACAGCAACAGCAACAUCAACGACAGCGGCAACGGCAACGGCGACUGCCGCAUUUCAAUUAACAAAAUAAGCAAGCCAGUAAAAUCAACAUAAUAGAUACAUACAUACACACACACACACGACUUGUAUGUACGUAGAUACAAUAGACUACCACAAUAUAGUGAACUGAAGCCACACACGCACAUUCGCUGUACGUGCCUCGUUGCCAAUUGUAAUUGACAGCCACAGCAGCAGCUUAAGCUGAAGUCCGCUAUGUCUAAUGCGUCGCCAGGAACGGAGCCAGCAACGCUCCCAACUGAGGGCCAUCAGCUGCUCUAUCGGAGAGAAGCGGAUGCAGAGAUCACACGGACAACAACGGAAUACACAAAGCUGCACGAUGAGGAUGACCAAAGUUGGGGCAGCGACACGCCCACACUGCGAGCAAAGCCCACGCGCACAGCUUACGAGGAAUGGGAGAGGGCGAAACAGCGGGAGAAGAAACAGCAGACAGCAGCAUCAAAUCGAAUGGAUGCAACAACAGAUACAUUUGCAGGCUUCGGUUUGGAUGACAAUGUGCUGCGGCAUUCGUACAAGGGAACGCCGCCUGAGAUCUACUCGCCCAAAAAGGAAUUCAUCUACACGCAGCCGCUGGUCGAGAAGCAGCUCGUGCUGAAGAAGACCUGCGAGUGGUUGUUCUACAAGAUUAAAUACAACAUGUCGACACACUGGCGUCAGUCCGCCUUCGUGAUCGCCUUGGUGACGACGGUCAUAUUUGUGAUCAUUGGACUCAUCUUUGGCCUCAGCAGUCCGCCCAGCAGCAGCACCAGCAUUCGGCUGGAUCAAAUAAAUGCCGACAGUUCAGGGAUUAGCGGACCCAGGCAGUUUAUAAACGACACAACGGUGAUCAACUGGAGCGACGAUGGCUCGGAUAUCGAAAGAGACGACGACAUUGGCGUCGGCAUCGGCGUCAUCGAAGACAUUGGCGACGACAAUCUCAACGACACCGUCACGCCCAUUAAGCAGCACAACAUCAGCCUCAACUAUGAGGAUCUGCUCUACGAAUCGAAGCGACACAGCGACAGCAACAGCAGCAAUCAACGAGAUGCCACAUCCUCAUUCAGCCAGACGGGGACAUUUCGCAGCAAGACGAACAAGAUUUGGGAUCCCCAUCCGGAGUACAAGCUGGAGAUGUUCGGUCGUGUGCUGCAUCUCAAGCUGUCCCAGGACAGCUCGUUUGUGCCAUCGAAAACAUUUCGCAUCAUCAACAUACUACACAAUCGCACCGAGGAGCUGGAGGCUGACAACGACCUCGGCUGCAUUUACUCGGGGCGUGUGGAGGGCGAUAGUCAAUCGAGGGUCGGCGUUUCCCUCUGCGGUGGCAUGACUGGUUAUAUCAAAACUAGUUUCGGCUCGCUGCUCAUUCAGCCACUUGUCAUAAACCAGACAAACAGCGACCCGAUCUUGCAUCGUGUUUGGCGGCACUCUCUGCGAAAUCGCAGACACGCUGUCUCCGACCUGGACAUGGCACUGGAGGCCUUCGAGCUGGGCGAGACGACGCGACCUCGGCUCACGCGCAACAAGCGACACUAUCCCAAUCAGAGCAACCAGGUCUAUACGCUGGAGGUGCUAAUCGCCGUUGACAACACGAUGCUCGAGUUCCACAAGAGCGAUCUCACUUCCUACAUUCUCACCCUAUUCUCGAUAGUAUCGAACAUCUUUGCCGACGCCAGCAUUGGCAACUCCAUUCAAAUUUCGGUGGUCAACCUGCUCAGUCUGCGCGACAACAUUCCCAAUAGCAGGGCGGGUAAUCGACGCCACGGCUCCCCAUCGGACAAGCUCAAGCACUUCUGCUCGUUCCUCUCGAAAAAGGGCUUCCACUACGACACUGCCAUGCUAAUUACAAGGAAUCAGAUUUGUGACAACGAACGCGAGGAACGCUGCAACACCCUCGGCCUGGCCGAGCUGGGCACAGUUUGCAAGGAGCGCUCCUGUUCCAUAGCGCAGGACAAUGGCCUGCCCGCCGCCUUCACCAUUGCCCACGAACUGGGCCACAUUCUGAACAUGCCACAUGACGACGACGAUCGUUGCAAGGGACACAUUACGAAGACAGGCAACAAUCGCACCCUACACAUAAUGUCCAGCGUGAUGGGCACCCACAUGCAUCCGUGGUCCUGGUCCAAAUGCUCCCGGCACUAUGUUUCCGAGUUCCUCGAAAAAAUGGACAAGUCCUGCCUAGAGAACACGCCAUCCAGCUUUCUGCCGAACCUCAACUCAAAACUUCCAGGCGAGAUCUACUCCCUGGAUCACCAGUGCCAGCUAAUAUAUGGCAAUCAAAGCACCCAGUGCGACCACAACUACGCCGAGUGCAAAUAUCUCUACUGCAAAGACAACGACGCGUGCCACACCAGCAGUAUGCCCUGGGCAGAUGGCACGCCCUGCAACAAUGGCAGAUAUUGGUGCCAGAGAGGCAAAUGUGAGUCCCGCAUGGCCAGCUAUACCAAGGUGGUGAAUGGCGGUUGGGGACCCUGGAGUCCCUUUACUCCCUGUAGUCUCACUUGCGGUGGCGGCGUGCAGGAAUCCCGCAGGGAGUGUGAUAGUCCACAGCCGGCGAAUAAUGGCAAGUUCUGUGUGGGGAGUCGGAAGAAAUAUCGCUCAUGCAACACGCAUGCCUGCCCAGCGGGCACAAUGGAUCCUCGGGAGCGUCAAUGCUAUGACAUGAACGGCAAAAACUUUAACAUCCCUGGCAUAAGUCCGCACUCCAAGUGGAUUCCCAAAUAUGGAUUGAAUGCUCAUGUGGCGGACAAGUGCAAGUUGUACUGCCGCCUGGCUGACGAUAGCGCCUACUUUUUGCUAGAGGAAAAGGUCAUCGAUGGCACCACGUGCACCGUGGACAGCUUCGACAAGUGUGUGAACGGCAUCUGCCGUCCGGCUGGCUGCGACAACGAGCUCAACUCCAUCGCUAAACUGGACAGAUGCGGUGUAUGCGAAGGCAAAAACGAUACGUGCGCAACACACACCGGAAGUAUCCAGGUCGCCGAUCUGCUGAGGCAAAAGAGGCCCCCUUCGAGCCUCUUCCCCGUCACGACAAUACCAAAAGGUGCCUCGAAUAUAUUCAUCACCCAGACCGGUUAUCCCGAUCAAAACUACAUUGUCCUCAGCGACGAUCGGCAUGUAGCGCUGUUGAACAGCGACAAGGUCGUAACGCCUUAUCCAAAGAAGUACUCCUAUGCUGGCGUAACCAUCGAUUACAACGGCUCCAACAGCACAGAGGAGCAAGUGAGCACCACAUACUCAUUCAAAACGACGCGUGAUUUGAUCGUUGAGCUUAUCUCUAUUGAUCUGAGUGCUGCGAAGAAUCAGCAGACUGUACUGAUCACAUACACCUACACACUGGACCUGCCACGCGUUGCUGCCGAGCCGGAAGUAGAGAUCUAUCGCUGGCAAAUGCAAGCGUGGGGCAACUGCGACUCCCUCUGCCAGGGCACAAUGCAUCGCCAGGCCGUCUGCGUUAGUAUCACUCAGGGCGUAAAGGUGGCGAGUCAGUUCUGCGAUGGAUCCGCGAUGCCGAAGCCCGAGUAUCGCAGCUGUAAUACCGAAUGCGAACUUACAUUGAACACCACCAGCAUUUCGGAGUGCUCGGCUUCCUGCGGAGAGUUGGGCACACGCGAGAAGACCUUAAGCUGCAUACAGACAAUCCCCAAUAUUCCGCGCUCGAAUAUCGUGGACAUGUCCUAUUGCGAACUCAAGUUUGAGAUUGUGCGUCACGAGCAAUGCCGCGAGGGUUGCUGGAACUACACGGAUUGGUCAACGUGCACCAAGACCUGUGGAACUGGCACCCAAGUGCGCGAAGUGCGCUGCUAUCUGAAUGGAAUGCCAGUCAGCGAUGAACUCUGCAAUCGCCGUACCAAGGAGUAUCUGAAUGACAAUCUGCGCACCUGCAAUAUGGAGCCAUGUCGCUUUUAUCCAGAUGUGACGAUAAACACUCGUUCGGUGAACCACUGGAUGGCGGGGGAGUGGGGCGAGUGCAGCGAUUGGUGCAAGAUGAAUCGAACGGUGACCUGCACGAGUCCCUAUGGCAAUCAAUGUCCACUGGACAAGAAGCCUAAGAAUGUGCGCAACUGCUGUCACAUCAAGUACACCAGUGAAUGGGAGCAAUGCUCUGUGGAGUGUGGCACGGGCAAAAAGCACAAGGUGCAGCGAUGUGCGCGAGUCUACAAGCCAGAGGUGCCUGGAGCACCCAAGCGUCGCGUGUAUGUCGACGACUCCUUCUGCACAACACUUAAAGUACGCAAGCCCAGACUGAGGAAGUCCACGAAAAUCUGCAAGAUCAAGUGCCAAUGGAAAUCGUCGCCGUGGACGCCCUGCUCCAAGGAUUGUACCGAGGACUAUCAGUCGCGCUAUGUGCGCUGCGAGGCCUUCCAAGGUAACAUGGUCAGCGAUCAUCAUUGCGAUGUCAAGCGACGACCCAGUCGACGAAGAUUUUGCUCCGAAUGUGUGCAACAGCAGCUCCAGGUGUUGACACCAUGCGAUUGCAUGGGUUACGAGAGGUAUCGAAUCAUAUACCGCGACUCGCAUGGAAGGCGUGUUGGCAACAGAGCCAAAGAGAAUAGGCGCAAGUGCAAGCCACCGCCUAGCUGCGCCUCUGGAGGAAUGAUGGCCGCCCACAACAACAUCGGCAGCAGCUACAACAAUGCCGAAAAGGCGAGUCGAAGUGCGCAGAGCUGCGCCGAUCUGAAGCGCAUGUAUGGCAUCGACAAGGACGGCGAGUACACGAUACAAGUGCGCUUCCGUCCAGUGCGCAUCUACUGCCAUCAGAUGAGGAGCGCGGCGCCUCGGGAAUACAUUACCGUUCAACCGCAAGAGAAUUACUCCAUCUACUAUGAGUACAAGACACUUCUGCUGAACAGCUGUCCGCCCACAACGCGCGCUCACGAAUAUGCCAACGAUCAGAACUCGGGACGGACGCACUUCAACAAGCUGCGACUCAACAUUACCGAUCUGCGCAUCAUUGAGAAUGACUUUGAGUUCUCGCAGUCGCGGGGCCAGCGACAGUCUCUGGGAUCUGCAGGAGAUUGCUACAAUCAGAACACGGCAUGUCCGCAGGGUGACUUCUCCAUCAGUCUGCAGCGCACGGGUUUCCAAUUACGGCCCGGCACCGUGUGGAACACAUACGGCAAUCGAGCGGUCAUGCAGCGGGCGAGUGGGUUCGACACGUCUUCAUUGUCUAGGCGAGCUUUCUGUGGCGGCUUCUGCGGUCGUUGCUCCAUUGCGCCAUCGUCCGGGCUUUACGUGGACGUUGUGUGAUCCAUGCGGGCGCCUGACUGAUGUGGCCUCCAGGAUGGGCUUGACGAAUCAUUGGUGCUAGACGCGUCUAACGCGCGUCUCCUCCUGUGCAGCCAAACAACUUGCAUCCAGCGUGAGCAAUGGCGGAUCAAAGCGACCUCCCAAUGGAAACAACGCGAAGUGCUUACGAGUUAAGUUCAGUUGCUGCACAGAACUUAUACAAAUUGAAUAGUAUUAAAAACAGAAAGAACGAAGAAGAAGAAGAAGAAGUUGGGAAAUAUACAUGUGUAGUUUUAGCUAGGGAAAAAAUUUGAUUCGACGGAUAUCAAAGCAAAAAGUAUUUUCAAAAUUAAAAAUUCAAAAUUGUUAGCCUGGCUGCCGGGAAGUUAAAAGUGAAAUCUAUUAAGUGAAAUCUAUUAAGGUAACUCGAACAAACUGGACGCCAAAAGAAUAUUAGAUGUCUAAUGUCUGAUGUCUGAUUAAGAGGAAAUAUAUAGGUUUCAUAUGAACGAAAUUACAUGAAUAUUUCAUCGCCAUUUAUAGAGUGUAAGAAGCGUAUUGUAAAUAGUCAAGUAGUUAACAAAUUAAUUAUUGAGUGAAUGUUAAGCAGAGCUUGUCAACAAAUGAUAUUUGUACUUCUAAUCUAUAACGAUAUCUAUGUAUCUGAAUGUAUGUAGAAUCUCAAGUACAUUUUUAAGUAAAGCAAUCUCUACGAUUGUUGGAGCUUCGCAACGCUUUUCGUCUUAUCUCUGAACUUUAGUAAGUGCAAUGCCCGUUUAUACAAUAUUUGUAUACUUAUUUUAUUUGGAGAGUAAGCCAUAUACAUAUACAAAUAUAUACAUAUACAUAUAUUGGAGUAUAAGUGUGUUCUAUACUAAAUAAUUAUAUUUACUUAGUUAACACUAAAAAGAAUACUCAUAUUUAAUAGAAUCCCCACCAAAUGAGAAAUGGAUUGAGAAACCGUAAAUAAUGUUAGCAUCCCAACCAAAAUUAGAAUUUUUUAUACAUAUAUCAUCGCGCGAACUAUUCCUUUUUUUAUUUUUGGGUCCUUUACCAACACCAAACUCACACACACACACAUACAUAUGUACAUAUUCGCACAUAUAUACAAUUUCAAUUACAAAUAACUUACCGCACUGCCCUCGCUGCCAACUAUUAAAUACUAAUGUAUUUUAGUAUUAUGAAGGUGUAUACAUUAAUAAAUUAUUCUAAGCAUUUACAUACAUCUAAUUAACAUAGGCACCACAACAUAAGUGAAUUAAUGUAAGCACAACAUAACAUAGGAAUAAUAAUUAACACAUAAGUAUAAUAUCAUUAAUAAUCAUAAUUAUUAUGACGAAUAAAACUGUUGUUAAACUAAA